CCACACUUUCCCAUUGUUUUCUUGUGUGCUGCUUGAUAAUCAACCACCACCACCUGCUGCCUGCUAGAAAAAGGCUGAAGAAAAGCUGUUUUCAUUAGUUUGAUUUCUUGUCUCAUUUAAGAUUACCAUGAGCUAGAUAGGGUUCUGUGCAACAUAUUGGCAAUGUUGUUGGAGAUUCAAAGUUUAAAGAUAGCUUUGAUUUCAUCCUGGAGAAUAUUGUGUUGCCUUGUUAGAGGAAGAUGACAAAGCACUGUAGUGACCAAAUACACCUUUUUGGUUCUCUAACUGAUAAAGGUGUUGCCAUGUGACCAGGAGGUCACAAAUUCAAGUCGUGGAACAGCCUCGCAGAAUUGCUAGGUCAGGUUGCAUACAAUAGACCCUUGUGGUCCAGCCCUUCUACGGACUUGCGCAUAGAGGGAUCUUUAGUACACUGAGCUGCCCUUUGGCUGAGUUUUUGGGAGGGAGUGAAAUGCAAGUCUGCUUGAAUGCUAGUCUCCUUGUCAACAGCUUGUGAAAGUGUCCAACAAGAAGCCAUAAUGAAGUAACAUUAGUGCAGAUACAAUGCAGAACAUCUUAUUGCCUACACUUAUAUUUUCUUUUCUUUGAUAAAUUAAUGAUCUUAUUAAUGUGGGUAAACUCUUGUAUAGAAGCAAUAAACCAAAAAGUAGAGAAACCUACAAACUGUCCGAGACCUCAUGGUUGGAGAUUAACCCAAAACAGGAGGUCCUUUACUGUGCCCAGCAAUAUCCACUGUACAUGCUCAGGACCAGCUUUCAUUAACCACAGCCAGAUAACACCUGAAAAUGCAACAGUAGGCCAUACAGGAGCACUUUCUUUAAUGGAUUUGGAACCUGCCUAUAAAAUGGAGAGCAUAAGAGCAGUCCAAGACAUUCAGCAUGAAUUUUGGCCUCUUGAUGAAAUAGAUCCGGAGAAUGCUAAGUUCCCUUGUUGUUUAGUUUGGACUCCCCUACCAGUAGUCUCAUGGUUGGCACCUUUCAUUGGACAUGUAGGCAUAUGCACAGAGGAUGGUUCUGCUGUGGCCUUCUCUGGUUCCAACUUUAUUAAUGUGGAUGAUUUUGUACUUGGUUCUGUGGCCAAAUACCUUCAACUAGACAGAAAACAGUGUUGCUUUCUGCGAAACCUUGCUGGGCACACAUGCAAACAUGGCUAUAAACACUCGGAGUUUGGGUCUGCAACUACUUGGGAUGACGCCAUCCAAUCAAGCGUUCGCCAUUUUGAGCACAAAUCCUAUAACUUAUUCACGUGCAACAGCUAUUCAUUUCUUGCUAAUUGCCUGAACAGGCUCUGCUUUGGUGGAUCGAUGGAUUGGAACAUGAUCAAUGUUGGGGUUCUUUUAUUGUUCAAAGGACAUUGGGUUGACAACAUCUCAAUCCUGAGGUCAUUUUCACCUUUCAUUCUAGUUGUAUGCUUUGGCAUUUUCAUGGUGGGAUGGCCUUUUUUGGUAGCAUUAUUGUCUUUCUCACUUCUUCUUUUAGCAUGGUUUGUUUUUGGCACUUACUGUCUCAAAAAUCUGUUUGAUUCGUAGCUUUCUUGUAUCAUACUGCUACAAGAUCAAAAUUUGUUAACCCUUAAUAUACGAAGAGCUCCAGAUAAAACUGCAUCAUAAGAUUUCUUUAGACCCGAAAAUGUAGAUUUGAUACCCAACAUUCUUGUAAGAAAUGAAAAUAAGAAAAGAGAUGAUAUGGUAAUGUGAGUUGCUGAUUAUUCAGCUCUACUUAUUCCU